CAACUCUUGUAAGGCUUCGCCUGUUUCACUACUAGUCGAAAGUCAACAUGGCGUCGUUAAGCCGUCUCCACAACAUCUGCGCUAUCCGAAGGAUUUUUUCGCCUCCCACUAAACUAAACAGUGUGACAGUGCGUCGUUGGAUUUCCAAGUCAGAAGGAAAACAAGAUGCCUCAGCCACGGUGCCUAAAUCAUCCCCCUCAAUCUCUAACCCCGUGCCCAAGAACUGGGUGUCAUGGGGUUUCAGCAGGAAUAAUUACUUCGAUGACCGCUUCUAUGUACACGUUUUCUUCUUCUUCGGUAUCUCAUGGGCCCUUAUUUUGUCGUCGUGGAUCAUUUUCUACUAUCCUGACUUGAUGAAGAACGAGUGGGCACAUCGAGAAGCCUUCUUGGAGCUCAGGAGAAGGGAGGCUGCUGGUCUACCCCUUGUUGACCCUGACUAUAUUCCUGCUAGUCAAAUGAAACUUCCCUCCGAAGAACAACUAGGAUCUUAUGAAAUUAUCAUCUAGGCUGAUUAUAUUGUCAAGUUUAAAUCACUGCAUUGUAGUCUUGGUUGCUGUGGCUGCCUCCAAAUUGUUAGCCCUGCCACAUGGUAAAAGUCGCAGAUUACGACAAGUUGUACAUGAAAUUAUUUCUUUACUUUGUUACUGGCUGCUGUACUGUGCAUUUAGCAACAGUCUCAGUCUUGAGGGAUCUAUUCUUGUUUUGAGUUUCUUGAAUGUUUGUACAUAAACAAUCCAGUUUGUUUCAUAAUAACUCACUUGCAAUAGAAAUGCAGUUAUAUACUGGUGAAGUGGACUCUCUUCUUGUAAUUUGAUUGCAUUAGUAUGAAUACGUCAUGCUUUUUAUGUUUUUAAGCCUGUCCUUUUGGCAUUUGUUUUUUAAAUAAUUUCUGAUGUGUUAUCCUCACAUUUUUCUAUACUGUAUGUACGACUGUAUUGGUGUAAGAAUUGUCUUACCAAUUCCAUAGGCAGAUAGCAGCAGAAUAAACUAUGUCGCUUGAUUUAUUCUGCCCUGUGUUACAAGUUCCGUAAAUCUUAAUUUGUACCUCUAAAAUUAUUUCUUUUACAACCAAAUAAUUCUUGUACCUAAUUGUAUUGGGACUUGAUUUAUGGAAUCACAAGUGAAGGGGAAGUGCUUAAGUUGUUAAUAAACUGUUCAAAUACA